AUGUCACGCCUUCGUCGCCCUCCUCGACGUCCUCGACGUUUCCUCCAGUACAACGCGCAUGCAUCGUGGGACGCAAUGAAGGCACUACUCGACAAUAAUCGCCUCUCCUUAUAUGACUUGAUCGCCAUCCACGAACCGUGUGGAAAGAGCUCCUUCCUGCUCCCACGGUUCCCUGAUCGUGUCAAUGAACAAUUUGAUCGCAUAUGGGCCGGUACCGGACCACGCGAUGAACCGAACAUUUGCAUUUACGUUCGGAAGUCCCUGAAUUGGGGUCUUCUUAUCUGUACGAAGAAUGUGGUAUCGAUUUAUUUUGUCGGGCCCGUGGCAGAUUAUCCGUCCCAGAGAGUCGCCUACUUUAUUCACAACGUGUACGAUGCUCCACCUUCAGCAAACGGGUACCCCGAGUCUACACUCCGAAAAGCGUUCGAUCGGGCGAAUGAGAUGUGUUUCGAGGUGAAACAUCAUUUCGUCUUCGGCAGUUUCCACCCUUGUGGACUGGCUUGCGAUGGCCAAUGCUCAAACCCCAAGUUCCCAGGGCUUCAGCAUACACUCGAUAAGAGAGGGUGUCCCUGUGUCGGAUGA